UGGAAGGCGGAGGAAGCAAGACCAUCAAACGCCUUCGAGCUUAACGCCGUUCCCGGUCGGCGAACCUCGCCGGAUUCUCUCCUGCUUGCUUUGCGUGAAAUUGGGGUUUAGAGAUGGCGGAUGCGGCGCGGAAGCAGGGAUCGAGCAACUUCACGGUGGCCUGCAGUCUCCUCAGCCAGUACAUCAAGGAGAAGGGCAGCGCAGCCGAUUUAGGGUUCGGGAUAGCCCAGGUAGCGCCUAAAGGCAAGUCGGAGUCGUUUCAGCCGCCGAUCACUAUGAGCUUCCUGCCAGGGGCGGACGUCUCCGGCGGACAGGACAGCGAGAGGGAAAGCGAAGGGGAGGUCGUUUCCCAAGAGAACCCCAUGGAUCUCUUUCCCCAGCGUACCGGCUUCCUCACCUCAGCGUCGCCGGAUUCGAGGGAAGCACAGAAAUCACAACUUACAAUCUUCUACGGAGGAAAGGUGCUGGUGUUCGACAAUUUCCCAGCCGAGAAAGCUAAGGAUCUCAUGCAGCUAGCAAGCAACGGGAGCUCCACUGCUGAUAACUUGACCUGUGUACCCCCUUCCCUCCUUACUGAAGCCGUGACAAGCUCAGGAUCAUUCUCUUAUCAAAAAAACUCAACCUUGGUUCCUAAAUCUGCUAGCAAUCCUGUGGUUCCCCAACUUAAACCAGCACAGCCUAAUCUCUCUGAUCUUCCUAUUGCUAGAAAGGCUUCGCUCCAACGAUUCCUUGAGAAAAGAAAGGAUCGGAUCUAUGCAAGAGCACCAUACCAAAUGACUCGAUCUCCUCAAGUGACCACUUCCAUAAACCAAGAGGACAUCAAAUCAUGGCUCGGGUUGGGUCAUCACUUUGCCACUCCUGAUCUCAGUCUAAGCUCCGAGUAUAGCAGAUAAAGAUUGUUCAAAUUGGAUGCUGAUACUUCUUCCUUGGAAACAAUUUACUCGAAGACCUUGAUUGCUUCUUUUUUUUUUUAAAGGAAAUUGUCUUCCUUUUGCAAGAAGCGAUAUCAAUGUUUUUACUGAUGAAUUAGAUUCCAGGAUUCUUGUUUGUAAAGUUGCAGUACACGUGCUGCAAUAUAGAAAUUAAAAAGCAUGAGAUUAAAUGUCUGAUUAA